GCCAAGAUGGCGGCGCCGCGAGCUGGGCCAGGCGGGUGAGAGAGGUCGGGGCCGCCCCCCCCCCCCGUCGCCAUGGAGCCGCGCGCGCUGGGGCGCUGCGUCCUGCUCGCGCUCGGCGCCCUGGCCUGGAGCCUCAGGCUGGCAGAGGCGACGGCGUCGAGUGAGGCCAGGCGCUCAGUGAGCCCGCUGGUGGCCAUGCCGUGCUGGCAAGCGGAAGACUUUGUCGUUGUUCAGGAUUGUGCCCCGUGCACGAUCUUCCAAGCAAAGACGAUGCCCGAGUGCAGCGCGACUGGCUUCAUCGAGCAAAUUAGCUGCGCCGUGUCCAAGAAGGAGGAGUACAAGAGCUGCCGCUCAGUGGUGACGGAAGCGCACAGCUUCUGGAAGUUUGAGGGGGCCAUGAUCUGCGUUGCUGUGGUCUUUGCCCUGUUGGUCAUGUGCCGCCAGAGGGUGCUGGACAGGAAGGCCCUGGAGAAAGUUCGCAAGCAGAUCGAGUCCAUUUAGUAUCUGUCGACCUCCCAGCAGCCCCGGUGCUGCCCACCUCCUUUGUCCUGUGCGGGGAACUGGGGCGUGGAUGCUAAUCCCCUUUCCCGCUCCAGGGAGCUGCAGGAGGAGGAGGCUGGCAUCCGAGACCGAGAUCUGCUGUGUCCUGGCAGAGAGCACCUCUCGGACCGCUUGGGAGCGUGGUUCAGCCGAACGCCUCUCUGCUUGCUCCUUGGAGACUCAGCAGCCGGCUGGGUCUCCAGGCACCGGGGAUUCCCCUCUCCAUCUCACCUGCCGUGCGGAGGGCCAGGGUCCCAUCCCUUCUUAGCGCCUUCUCUCCUGCCGUCAGUGCGCCCGAGCAAUCCCUUCGUGACUGGCAGCUCCUGGUGGGGUAUGGGGCGUGUGCCAGCCCAGUGGGGCUGCCACCUUGCAUCCCUCGGAAUUAAUGCAGCCCCCAGCCCCCCUCCCUACGCAGGUUCUGAGACAGUAAACCCCAAGCCUGGAUGCAGGAGCAGCCCCUGGGCUGGCCAGUGCCCUGCUGGGCUGGCCAGUGCCCUGCUGGGCUGGCCAGUGCCCUGCUGGGCUGGCCAGUGCCCUGCUGGGCUGGCCAGUGCCCUGCUGGGCUGGCCAGUGCCCUGCUGGGCUGGCCAGUGCCCUGCUGGGCUGGCCGGCCAGCCUGGCGCAGUGAGGGAGGGCUGUUGGUUAAUACAGGCCCCAGGCUGGGGCGGCCCACAGGGCGCGGGGGACUUGCUGUCCAGUUACUGCCGGAGCAGAGCGUGACCCUGCCUGGCUGAGCGGCAAGGGACAGCGCAGCCCUCAAGCAAAGGAGGGACGCCAUUGGCAGCGGCUCCUCCGUUCCCUCAGGGCAGCUGGCUUGUCUGCCCAGGGAGUGCGGGCAGCCCUCUCCCUGCCCUGGGUGCAUCCCUCCCAUGACCCCAGAGCAGCAGGCCAGGUCCUGGCACACGCUUCCCUGCUGCUCCAUGCUGAUGCCGUGCUGGUCUCGGGGCACGAGGGUCCAGCCUGUUUGCAUUGAGCUUAGCGGACCAGCCCCGUGGCUCUGCUUUAACGAGGCCCAGGAGGAGGGGAGAUGUUUCCUCUAGCUGGGUAACUGGCACUGCCUGCCUCUGAUGCAGCCGCCUGCAGGGGAUGGGGGAGCUGCUCCCCGCGGCUGGCUGUGGAGGUGCCGGGAUCCCUGUGCUAGGAAACUGCUGGGCUGGCCACUGUCCUGGUGUGGUGCUGCCCCUCCUGGGAGCUGUGUUGGGCUGAUGCUAUUGCCCCUGCCAGCACAGCGCCUCCUGCAGGCGUGGAGGGAGCUCAGCCAGGUCCUGGCACCAAUGCGCCCUUCCCCCUAGGAAGGCCCAGGUUAGCAGCUUCCCUCCUGUCCCCGUCACCCCAGUUCUAGGGCAGCACGUCACGGCCAAGCCAGCGUCUCUCCCAGCUGGGGGCCUGGCCGUGUCCCAUGGGCGUAGGGCUUUGCUCCAGGGGUAUGUCCCAGCGCUGCCCUCCCACCCAGCCUCCUGGGAACCACGGUCUUGUCACACUGCGCCCUGCUGCUGUAGCCCAGGGCCCGUGGUUGGCAGGCUGAGGGGAUGGAGGAGGUGUCUCUGGUGCUAGUAAUGGGCGUUGUCUUCUGGCAUCAGUCUGAGCUCAGUGGUCCGUGUUCCUGUCCCAUCCUGCUGGAUGCCCCCUGCAGGCAGUGAGCUGAGCCUGCCAGGGAGCCCAUGUCACAGCUGUCACUAAUUACCCCCUUCAGAGAGCAGGGAACCAGGCCCCCUCCAGUGGGAUAGAGUAACCGGGAUUAAAGCGCUGAGUGUCGCCUGCUCCCAUCUGCACCUCGGACACGGCGAGGGGGGUGAAGGCUCCAGCCGUGUUCUGAGUUGCCUGGGCUAACAGGAGGGUGGGGGCAGCCCUGCAGGGGGACAGUGGAUGUUUAGGAACUUGCCAACAGCCUGCUUGUCCCUGCCCCAGCCGGAGCGGGCAGGGCUGGGGUCUGGAGCCAUUUGAACAUCCCCUCCCAUGAGCUGGCCUGUCUCCGGGUGUUACCAGCAGUGCAUGGAAGGGGCAACGGGCCAAACCCUCCCUUGGGCGCCCCGACCGUCGGCAGGGAGGGGAGCGUGUGGGCGCUGCUGGAGCAGGCAGCUGCACAGCGAGCUGGGAGCAGGCUGGUCUCCCGGGGCUGCCCUUGUGCUGAGGGAUGUUCCAUGUCACUGCUCCGGGUGGGCAUGUCCUCCCCCGCGCCCAGCUGCUCCCCUCUCGCUGCAGAGCACCCUCCAGCCUCCCCCAGCAGAGCGCCCCGCAACCGCCCCCCGGUGCAGCUGGCGUCACUCGCUGUGUGACUGGCCCAGCCCCGCAGAGCUCCUGCUGCUCCCCAAAGGGGAGAGUUAGAGCUCACGGCUCCCUCCCCCGCCCUGGUACUGCAGCCCUCCCGUUCCGGUCCCUUAGUGCUGCCCUGGGGCUGAGCUCUGGGCUCAGUUGCUCCGUGGGGCUGAGGUGACUGACCCUUGGUGCCAGGCUCUAGAGCUGGUGCCCUGGGACCCAGUGCUGCCGGGGAUCUCUGGGGCAGACCCUCACCCAGGCCUGGCGGUCCCCAAGAACAGGCAGCAGGCUGGCUCAUGUCCUCCCCUCUGCUCGCCCUCAAAUCUAGUCACGCUGAGGUCGCGGAUCGCUGGGGAGGUGUCACCUGCCCACUAGCAAGAGGCUGCAGGUGGCCGCGCUUGGCUCAGCUCGAACAGUCGGGGUUUAUUUUUUUAAAAGGCUUUUACAGAACCGAACGGAACCAAGAAUGUCAUUAAAAAAACCUUUCAAAGCA